UCCUAUCUUGUUCCCAUACCGUCCUUCACACGCCUUGUAUAAGUUGGCUUGUGUCUUGUCACUACUAGCUUUUUCAAAGCUCUCUGAAUAUCUGAGAAUCCGGUUUUCUCGUGUCGCCUAAGAUCUUCUCCCGAUUAUCCUCGUCCCCGCUUGUAGCGCACUGAUAGGCAGAUAGCAGUUCUGAGAAAGAGGGGUUGCUGCUCGUCUUCGGGAGUAUCGUAGAGUUUUCCCACUGAGCCGAUAUGAUUAACUUAGGUAUGAUUAAGAAGAAGCAACGGGAAGCAGCGGAAAGCAAUAAUGGCAGAGCUCCAGGGAGAAAACAGUCGGCUGGCGAGUUGAGAGUUCAGAAGGAUAUUUCCGAGUUGAAUCUUCCGUCGACAACGAGCAUCUCAUUUCCAGAGGGAAAGGAUAACCUUCUGAAGUUCGAGAUUACGAUUCGGCCAGAUGAAGGCUACUACUUGGGAGGAACUUUCACGUUCAGUUUCGAGGUACAACCGUCUUACCCUCAUGAAGCCCCCAAAGUGAAGUGCAAAACCAAGGUGUACCACCCUAACAUUGACCUAGAAGGGAAUGUGUGUUUAAACAUUUUGAGAGAAGACUGGAAGCCCGUCCUAAGCAUCAACUCCAUUGUAUAUGGCCUGCAAUUCCUCUUCCUGGAUCCCAAUCCCGAUGACCCGUUGAACCAUGAAGCAGCAGAGGUUCUGCGCACUAAUCCUCGGCAAUUCGACUAUAAUGUCAAGAGGUCUAUGGCUGGCGGGUAUGUUGGAGGACAUCAAUUUCCCCGUUGCCUAUGAGUCCAGGACUGGCAAGAUGGCUGGCUUCAUAAGCCUAUCAUGAGAUACAUUGCACAGGUCAUGCCUUGUUUGAUGGUUGCGUGUUUCUGGCAUGGAGCUGGUUUCAAUGGGCUGGCACAAUGAGAUGUGUUUUAGGAAGCUGAGUUCCUGGCCUGGAACAGCUGUGGCCUAGCAUGAAUAGGGUUUGUGUAGGGUUCUGCCAUUCAGAAGCAACAUUCUAGCCUGGGUUAAUGAGCUCCCAUGGGUUUGUCCUUCACUGUGUUGGUUCAUGCAGUUCAUGUGAUUGGCGGUUUUCUUAGAAACUGAAAAGAAUGAUUAGAGAGAGAGUGUGUAUAGGAAUAUAUCUAAGUGUUGUAC